AUGUCACCCGUAACGACAUUCCUCACUCUCGUAACUGCAGCAUCCGUAGCCAAUGCGUACUGGCUAAUGGGAAUCGAGAACUUCAUUACUACUGAACGGCUUGAUCCCAUCGUCAACCCCGGCACCAUUUCUUCGCAUGUCCACUCAGUUCUUGGUGGAAGCAACUUUGCGAUGACCACCGACACCGCCAAGCUUCGCCAGAGUCAAUGCACGUCAAUCCCCAUUGCAGAAGACAAGUCCAAUUACUGGUUCCCCCAUCUUUACUUCCAAUGGGCCAAUGGCAACUUCUCUAGCUUGACGGGUGGCGCCGUGAUUUGUGCGUUUUUCUUCGCUGUUGAUUACUUGUUCGACGAUAAGCCUGGUACUACGACGGCAUUUCCCGAUGACGUGAGUCUAACAUUCGCGUUCCCGUACUUCUGGAAGGAUGUUAACCUCGCGAUUCGAUAUCAGUUCCGGAUGCUUAGUGGCAGCCCUCUGCUCCGCACUUACGACAGUAAUAGCUUUGCGCAACAGGCCGUUACUUUCCUUUGCCUUGACUUCAAUGGUCAAACCACGAGGCAUAGCGAACUCCCGAAUAAGGUUUGCCCAUCCGGUGUCCGCGCACAGAUCAACUUUCCCAACUGCUGGGAUGGCAAGAACACUGAUUCUCCGGACCACAAGUCGCACGUCGCUUUCCAAGCUAAUGGUCCUGAUACGGGUGGAUGCAAGGAUCCUAAGUUCCCUAUCACGCUUCCCCGUAUCUUCAUUGAAGUAUAUUGGGAUACCAACAAGUACCCGCGUGAUCAGGCCAUGAACAAGGAUCAGCCUCUUGUGUUCUCACAUGGCGACCCCACUGGCUACGGAUACCACGCUGAUUUCAUCAACGGUUGGGAUGCUGGUGUUCUCCAGAAAGCUGUCGAUGGAUGCAACUGCAACAUUUACGGUGAUCCUAAGUGCUGUAACGACAAAGGGAUUUUCACCCUCACCAAGGACAAGAAGUGCUACAUCACUCCUACCGUUGACGAAACCACUACGGGCAUGCUCACCAAACUCCCCGGUAACAACCCCGUGCAGCCCGCUGGGAAGACCGCCACGAUGUUCCCCGAGACCUCAAGGCCAGCACUCCUUGCGCCCGUCAGGGUUUACACAGAUGCCAACAACCCAGCCCCGAGAGGUCAGGUUGUGACUCCUGGCUCAAAUGGAGACGCUGGUGUCCGGACUUCAUCUACUGCAGCCGCCAGUACCUCCGCCGCCUCAUCUAGCGUUGCGCCCGCUUCGUCCCCGAUUGUUGUGAAGCCCGCUUCGUCCACUCCGGCCGCCGCUUCGAGUGCCGCGCCCGUUCCAACGUCUCCCGAUGCCGGGAAUACUUUCAUUGCUAUCCCAAGCUCCAGCGGCGGCGCGACAUCUCCAGCAGUCACCGGUUCUGCAUCCUCAACCCCUGCUCCUGCACCCACUUCGUCGACCCCAUCCCCAGCUAAUGAUAAUCAAGACGGCGACGAUGACGAAGAUUGCGAUGAAGAUGACGACGACGAACCUGCUGCUCCUUCUGGUUCUUCGUCCGCCGCGCCCGCACCCAAACCUACGGCCGCUCCAUCUACCACAUCACCGGAUGCCGGCGAUGAAGACGGCGAUGACGAGGAUUGUGACGAGGACGAGCCUUCUUCUCCCGACUCUUCCCCUUCCUCCGUACCUACCCCAGCUACCUCUUCCCCAGCCAGCACCAAUGGCGACGCUGACGAUGAGGAUUGUGACGAUGAGGAGCCCUCGACUCCCGCUUCUUCAUCUCCCGUGUCCAAACCUACUUCAGCCCCUUCAUCUUCAGAUAGCGGCGCCGAUGAUGAGGAUUGUGAUGAUGAUGAUAAGCCCUCUCCCGCUCCCAAGCCUUCAGCUUCUUCAUCCCCGGCCAAGACCGACGAUAACGGCGAUGCUGAAGAUUGUGACGAUUCCGAACCUUCCUCGCCUACCACUACCCCCGCCUCACCUGCUCCUACUGUCAUCCUCGCACCCGCGCCCGCUGCUUCGUCUGCUGCCCCAGCCAACGGUUCGAACUCGUACAAGAUAUCCUACAAGAACGGUGUCAAGUGCAAAGUCCGCGACUCUUCGGGCCUGGGCAAGCAGUUCAAUCAAUACGUUAAGCGCGACUUCAGCAAGGCCGUUCACGGGCACGCCAGGCGACCUUUCUCCCAUGACCUUUCCGCUGGUCGACGCCGGUUCGCGCAGUCUCGGAUGCAAGCCCUCUGA